AUGGUGCCUCAUAGCCGCUUCAUCGCAGCAGUGGAUCCAGUCAUUGCUCGCGCGCGCGAGAUGCAGAAGAUGACCUACGAUCCAGCUAAGGAGGGCGAGGUGAAGGCACCCAACUAUGUUGGCUGGGACAAGGAGAUUGACGACGAUUUCAAGAAGCUGACGGUUGGCCCCGUCAAGGGCGGCAGGCCUUAUGGCAAGAUCUGUGAUUCCGCCCUGGAUUUGAUUGGCUUCACCCCGAUGGUUCGCAUGUCGCGAUUUGCCAAGUUCUUUGAUGUGGAUUGCGAUCUCCUUGGCAAGGUUGAGCUCUUCAACGCUGGCGGCUCUGUCAAGGACCGCAUUGCCAAGAGGAUGGUCGAGGAGGCUGAGAAGAGCGGCCGCAUCAAGCCCGGCGACAUCCUGAUCGAGGCCACCAGCGGCAACACAGGAGUUGGACUUUGCCUCGUCUCGGCCAUCAAAGGCUACAAGCAGAUCAUUUGCUUGCCGCAGAAGAUGUCCGGCGAGAAGGUGAACACCAUGAAGUGCCUGGGAGCAGAGAUCCUCCGCACACCGACGGAGGCUGCCUGGGACGCGGAGGACAGCCACAUCUUCCUGUCUGCGCGACUGGCAAAGGACUUGGGUGGUCACGUGCUCGACCAGUACAAGAACCCCGGCAACCCUUUGGCCCACUACGAUGGCACCGCCGAGGAGAUCGCCGAGCAGUGCGAAGGCAAGCUGGAUUACAUGAUCAUGUCCACUGGUACUGGCGGAACCAUGACCGGCGUGGCCAAGAAGCUCAAGGAGCUGAUUCCCGGCGUGCAGGUCGUGGGUGUUGACCCCUAUGGCAGCAUUCUGGCCGAGCCAGCCCACGUGAACGAGAAAUCCAACCGCACAGGGCAGGAGAAGCUGACAGCCUACCAGGUUGAGGGCAUCGGAUAUGACUUCAUCCCUACCGUCCUCGACAGGGAGGUCGUCGACCACUGGGUGAAGACUGAUGACGACGAGGCGUUCGCCAUGUGCCGCGCGAUUGUUCGACAUGAAGGCUUGCUGAUCGGUGGCAGCUGUGGCUCCACGGUGGCUGGAGCCUACCGUUUCAUCAAGCAGAACAAGCUUGGCAAGGACAAGCGCUGCGCUGUGCUGCUUGCGGACUCUUCCCGAAACUACAUGAGCAAGUUCAUGGAUGAUGGAUGGAUGGAAUCCAACGGCUUCAGCAUGAGCAAGAUGAAUGCGGCCGUGUUCGAGAAGGGUCAGUACGACAAGCUCUUCCACAUCUAA